AUGGGUAUCAGAUGUAGAGACUACAUUCAUUGGAAAGUACUACAGUUAAACAAUCAACCCCCCCCCACUGGCCCUAAAAAUAAACCAUCUGAAAAGGUACAAGCAAAUGCCUUAAUGUUCUUAAGACGACACAUAGAUCCCAGCCUCCAGUGGGAGUACCUCCAAUUGAAAACCCCCAAAGAAUUGUGGGAUGCACUGAAAGGAAUAUUUGGGAAUGUUCAUGACUCUUUACUUCCCGAACUAAUGGUACAGUGGAAUGAAAUCCGCUUACUCGAUUAUAAAAAUAUAAAUGAUUUCAACAAAGAAAUGUUGCGUUUCAAAGCACGUUUAAACUUUUGUGGCAAGGAACUCACAGAAAAUGACAUGAUUCAAAAAACUCUAUCCACUUUUCCUACAUCGGAAAUCAUACUAAUAAAUCAAUAUCGAUUGGAAUACAAUGACAAAAGACUCACAACCUUUAAUAAACUUAUCAACCUACUGCAAGUGGCUGAGAGACACAAUGAGGUUCUUUUAAAUAACAACGCUAGACCUGUCGGGACCAAGAAAAUUCCUGAGUCAAAUCAUGCAAGCGUUAGAGAUGGGAAGAACUCCAAAGGACAGCGAGCUAAACAUACUGAAUCAUACACACGUGGCAACUAUACACCACAAGGACGGGGUCGUGGACUUGGUCGUGGACAGGGUCGCAACAACAACCGUGGUGGCUUUUCCAAUUCAUGGCACAUAAAUGCAACUGUUGGCCCAAGUAAUCAAAGGAAAUCAAAAGGAAAAACACCAAUGACCGAUCCUGCCAAAAGAUAA